CUUUAACAUGGUGAAUCGAGUUGCUGUCACCGUUGAACAUUACACUCCAGAGGAUCCUCUUAGAGCAGUCGACAUUUACACUCCUCCUGAUGUCCAACCUACAACACCCUUAAUGGUUUUUGUUCAUGGCGGUGCAUGGGUCUCGGAAGAUAAGGCAGAUCAUGCUGAUCUCGGAAUGGCCUGGGCAAAGUUGGGCAUGGUGGUUGCCAUUCCUAAUUACAAACUUAGUCCUCGAAAAUACACAAAAGAAUCGAUUGUUCAUCCCAGCCAUUGCAAUGAUAUUGCCGAGUCGAUCAUAUAUCUGGAGCAAACUGUAGGAAAGGGACGUCAAAUAUACCUUUCAGGUCACUCUGCCGGUGCACAUAUCAUUAUGAUGCUACUCAUCGACCCAUCCUACUCUAUCCUCCCUCUUAUCAAGGGAGCAGUGGGUAUUGAUGGUAUAUAUGACAUUAAGCUCUUGCUCCGUACGUUCCCAUCUUACAUUAGCUUCAUCACGGCUGCAUUUGGCGAUGAUGAUGAAAAAUAUGCAGAAUGCUCCCCUGCUUUAAUCCCAGUUGCUUUUAAUAUUCCCCCUGUUCUUAUUGUUCACAGUUUGGAAGAUACAUUGGUGGAUUAUGCUCAGGCACAAGUCAUGUAUGAUCAUUUGAGGCCCUUCGCCAAAGUCGACAUUGAUAUUUCAAUCAAAGGUGAUCAUGCAAUUAUGCUAAAGACACCUCAAUUAGCAAGCUUGAUAGCUACAUUUAUCAACGCAAAAGAAUAAAACUAUAUAUAUAUUUUAUAAUAUUUUUAUUAUACACACACA